AUGGUGCCACAGAACGAAAGGAGCUCUCUUAAACGCAGUAGGGUUAGCACGGAUCACGAUUCACAAGAUUUGAAAAAGCAGCGGCGCUCCCAGAGAACCACAGCCCAAGAUCAAUCUCAAACUACACCGGUGAAUCAGUCCUAUUUACCUACGCCUCUGACCCAACAAAAUUCAACCACGACAGACGUUACGAAAGAAGUCACGGCUUCACCUAGUGAUUCUAGCCAGGUGCGCUGCCAAACACCGCUCAAUUCAGACUCCCUCCAAACAUGUUCGUCUCCUCCUGGUGAUACGCAGGCUCAAUCACAAUUUGUAUACCCACCUAGAGCAUUUGCCGACGAAGUCGAGGAUGAGGCUGCUGAGGGGGUAUGGGGCUACCUCAUCCCGCUUGAUGAAAAGGUUCGGAGGCCACUUGUUCUGAGAAAACGUGAUGGUUGUGAAGCCCUUGCGGAUGCGAAGUCUAAGGGCAAGACUGGGAAGGCAACUCGACGGCAAGAUAAAUCAUCUGAAGGCAAACAAGCGAAGAGUCAUCCUCCCGGCGGUUACUUAAUUGGUCGUCAUCCGGAAUGCGACUUGGUGAUUAACGUCCCCACUAUAUCUAAUCGGCAUUUCUUGAUCUUCCCAGAAAACAAAAAGGGUGGAUCGGUUGCGAUAAUGGAAGAUCUAUCCAGCAAUGGUACUUUUAUUAAUGAUGCAAUCGUUGGGCGUAACAAGCAUCGCGAACUUGAAGACGGUGAUGAAGUCACUAUUUUAGAUGAAGCACGGUUUGUUUUCAGGUACCCUCGCACAAGGGAAACAAGCGGGUUCCGCCAGCAAUACAGACUUCUUCAACAACUUGGGAAAGGCCACUUUGCAACUGUCUACCUCUGUGCAGAACGGUCUACAGGAGCGCAAUAUGCCGUUAAGGUUUUUGAGAAACGUCCCGGCGAUUCGCAGAAGUCUCAAGUGGACGCUUUACAGCAAGAAAUAGGUCUGUUGAUGGGCGUUAGCCACCCAAAUCUACUAUGUCUUAAAGACACCUUCGACGAGAGUGAUGGUGUUUACCUCGUUCUGGAACUUGCUCCAGAAGGGGAACUCUUCAACUUGAUCGUUAGCAAGCAGAAGUUUUCAGAGACGGAAACACGCGAUUUAUUCGUUCAGCUUUUCGAAGGGUUGAAGUAUCUGCACGAUCGUGGAAUCGUUCAUCGGGACAUAAAACCUGAAAAUAUCCUUGUUGCAGACAAGGAGCUGACUGUGAAGCUCGGUGAUUUUGGUCUUGCGAAGAUUAUUGGGGAAGACUCGUUUACAACAACACUAUGCGGAACACCAAGCUACGUGGCACCAGAGAUAUUACAAGAUUCCCGCCGCCGAAGAUACACGAAAGCUGUGGAUAUCUGGUCCCUUGGCGUUGUUCUCUACAUAUGCCUUUGUGGAUUUCCUCCUUUCUCCGAUGAGCUUUAUACUACCGAGAGCCCGUACACUUUAGCGCAGCAGAUCAAGAUGGGUCGCUUUGAUUACCCAUCACCCUACUGGGAUUCUGUGGGCGAUCCGGCUCUAGACCUCAUAGACAAAAUGCUCACCGUUGAUGUCGACAAGAGAAUCACAGUGGACGAAUGCCUAGAACAUCCAUGGCUUACUGGGAAAUACCCUAGUGUUUCUGAUAGCACUGAUGGGCUAACUGGAGCUUUGGGGAAACUGGACUUCUCGAAACGAAAAAUCGCACGGGAGCGCACGCUCCUUAGCAGUGUCAACGAUGUCCAUUUCAGUGAGCACUUGGAGGAAGGUGCUAUUCCGAUUAAAGUUUUCCAUAAAAAUAACGCCGGAAAACGAGUACACAACAGGCCUGCCAAAGCCCAGAAACGUGAAGUGUCACCUGACCAAAACAGUGCCCCUAAUGAUUUUGUCAACCUUGGAGAGCGUGGGGAUCCAGUGUUGUUCAAAGAAGAUCCCGCCAGUGCCUCUGUCCGAGACGCUUGCCCUUUUCAUGUCGUUAUUCCCCCGUUCGUUUACCUAGUGACCUACUGUUCCACAAUCAUGGGCCUCCUAUCUGUCAUUCUCGACAGUGUUUGUGAGCGCUGCUCAGAUUCAUCGCUAUGGAUGCUCACCAGUGUGGCAUUGCUAUCCAUGCUCGUUGUAUCUGUGAUUAUCAAUGUCUUGCGCCAACUUCUCUUCAAAAAUUACAAGGAACCCCCCUUGGUCUUUCAUUGGUUCCCUUUUAUUGGAAGCACCAUCAGCUAUGGCAUGGAUCCAUACAGAUUCUUCUUCAAUUGCCGAAAAAAGUAUGGCGAUAUCUUCACAUUCGUCCUCCUUGGUAAGAAGACCACCGUCUACCUAGGAACCAAGGGGAAUGAUUUCAUUCUGAAUGGCAAACUCCGAGAUGUCUGCGCCGAAGAGGUUUAUUCCCCACUUACAACUCCAGUGUUUGGGCGUCAUGUGGUAUACGACUGCCCAAAUGCUAAACUUAUGGAGCAGAAGAAGUUUGUGAAAUUUGGGCUUACAUCAGAUGCACUUCGUUCGUACGUUCGUCUGAUUACAGAGGAAGUGGAAGAUUUCGUACAAAAGUCCUCGGCAUUUCAGGGCCACAAAGGCGUUUUCGAUGUUUGCAAAACAAUUGCUGAGAUUACUAUCUACACCGCCUCACGUUCACUUCAAGGGAAAGAAGUCCGAAGCAGAUUUGACUCUACGUUUGCCGAACUGUAUCAUGAUCUCGACAUGGGUUUUGCCCCCAUAAACUUUAUGUUACCAUGGGCCCCUCUUCCCCAUAAUCGCAAGCGUGAUGCCGCCCAGAAAAGGAUGACUGAAACAUACAUGGAGAUUAUAAAGGAACGCCGUAACGCUGGCAGCAAAAAAGAUUCGGAGGACAUGGUAUGGAAUCUUAUGUCGUGCGUGUACAAAGAUGGAACACCUGUCCCCGACGAAGAAAUUGCACACAUGAUGAUCGCCUUACUCAUGGCCGGCCAGCACUCUUCGUCGUCUACUGCGGCUUGGAUUGUCCUGCAUCUUGCAGCAUCCCCUGAAAUAACAGAGGAACUCUAUCAGGAGCAACUUCGCAUCCUUGGACAUGAUAUGCCUCCACUUACUUAUGAGAACCUGCAGAAAUUGGACUUGCACGCCAAGGUCAUCAAAGAAACUCUUCGCAUACAUGCACCGAUCCACUCUAUCAUUCGAGCUGUGAAGAAUCCGAUGCCAGUAGAAGGUACCCCCUACGUGAUCCCAACUUCACACAAUGUCCUUUCCUCCCCUGGUGUCACUGCAAGAUCAGAAGAACAUUUCCCUGAUCCGCUUGAAUGGAACCCCCACCGCUGGGAUGAGGCCAUCGCUACUAGCUCAGAGGAUGAAGAAAAGGUUGACUAUGGCUACGGCUUAGUUACUAAAGGAACCAACAGCCCAUAUCUUCCGUUCGGCGCCGGGCGGCAUAGAUGCAUUGGCGAACAGUUCGCUUACGUCCAGCUCGGUGCGAUCACGGCGGCUCUAGUCAGGCUGUUCAAGUUCAGCAAUCUUCCAGGCGUUCAAACUCUCCCAGACACAGACUACUCAUCCUUAUUUUCUAAGCCUUUGGGCAACUCAGUGAUACAAUUUGAGAAGCGCGAGCCCGUCCCCAAGGCAUAG